AUGGAUAGAGGAAAAUUGUAUCAAAUUUUAACUGCAGUGGCAAGCGCCUACGGUACACUUCUUAUGGGUUUGUUUACCGUUUGGCCUUCUUACACGGUUUCAUUACUCAAAUUGGAGAAUACCACAAUUUUAUUAGAACCUAUGUCAUCGACGGAAGUAUCUCUAUUAGGAAGUUUGCCUUCUCUAGGUGGAAUGAUGGGCACUGCAUUAGUUGCGCCUCUGAUAGAAUCUUUUGGAAGGAAACGGGGGGGCUUAGCAAUUACAUUGCCUUUUGUGCUAGCAUGGACUAUAGUAGCAGUAUCGAAAUCCAGUAUACCAAUUCUAGCAGCUCGGUUCAUUGGUGGAAUAGCAGGAGGUGGGAAUUUGGUGUUUGCCCCUAUGUUCAUAUCAGAGGUCGCUGAAGAUUCUUUUAGAGGAACUUUAGCGUCAGCUACCGUGUUGUUUUAUGGUGUUGGAGUCUUGUCAUCUUAUAACCUCGGUUGGUUCUUCAAUUACACCACCAUUAUUUGGAUCAACUUGAUAGUCAGCAUUAUCGGAUGCGGUCUGCUAUUGAUAAUUAAUGAGAGUCCAGUCUACUUAUUGAAAAAGAACAAGGAAGAGAAAGCUCGAAUAUCACUUGCCGUUUACCGAGGCUCAUCACCAAAAUCUGUGCUUGUAGAAGAAGCAAUAAUAAAGUUGAAACAUCAAAUGUGUAGAGCAUUUUUGAUUUUGAUCUCUGUUGUUGCAUUACAGGUAUUUAUGGGUAUGGUACCAAUGCAAGUGUAUGCCAAGCAAGUGUUCAUGGAAGCUGACUCUAGCAAAGCUGAUAUGUAUUCGGUGAUCUUCGCUGUAGUUUUCAUGGGUGGUAGCUUCGUCGCUGGUGGAGUAGUGGACAAGGCUGGUAGACGGAUUCUGAUCAUCUUAUCAUCAGCAAUGGUAGCUAUUUGCAUGGGAAGUUUAGGGUUUGUGCUGCAUACACGAGUAGUCCCGUCAUGGGUUGCCAUUGUAUUGAUUCUCUUGUUCACUUUCUGCUUUACUUGCGGAGCAGGGUCCAUACCUUAUAUCCUGAUUGCUGAAGUAUUCAAUUCAAAGGUUCAAGCUUUUGCUUCUUCUGUUAUCAUUGAAUGCGCAUGGUUUUUGAAUUUCGUUGUGUUAGCUGCGUUUACGUGGCUGAAAGAAAUCAUCGGCAUCCAUGGAAUAUUCUACAUUUUCGCAGUCAACGCUAUUGUCAACGCUACUUUUAGCUUCUUCUUUGUACCAGAGACAAAAGGGCUAUCCAAUAUGCAGAUACAGGAUAUUUUUUCUAAGAACCGCCGGAAAUAG